CUCUCUUCCCCCUCUUCUACUUUUCCUUUUCUUCCUCACCAUUAGUUUGUCUCAGCAUAUCUUCAAUUAUUUCUUUAGCAUAUUUCAAUCUUCAUCUUCAAGCCAUUUAUCUUUCAUAUUUGGGUUCUUCUUCUUCUUCUUCUUCUUCAAACUGUCUCAAACAUAAGCAGUUUCUAUCUUGUUUUUCUUCUUUCUUCUUUUUGUUUUUGCAUUGGAAGAAGUGGGUUUUCUCUAAACUCAUGUUCAAGUUAUUGGCGUUGAUGUUUGAGAUUCAUGUCUCCAAUUCUGAGUAAACUUUCCUUUUCUGAGUGUAUGAUAUAUUCUUCCACAUUCAGACGCAGGACCCAGCUUGUUCAAUCUUUCUCAGUUGUUUUCCUCUACUGGUUGUAUUACGUUUCAUGAUUUUUUUUUAAUAAAAUCUUUUCUUUUAAUUAGUCUAUAAUCUAUAAUAAUUUCAUCAUCUGCAUAAUCAUAUAUAAUAUAAAUUUUGCAUCAUCAGUUUAAUUAGUUUCUGCUGUCUGUCUGUCUGUCUGUGUUUUGAGCUAUCUGGGUCCUGCUAAGAUCCCUCUCUUAGUUAUCUCUUGCAUCUAAAACUGUACUGUGAGUUGUGAAGAAAGAUUGGAUUUUUAUGGCUUCCUCAAGUGGGACAUCUUCAGGUUCAGGGUCAGGGUCAGGUUCUAUGUUGCAGAACUCAGGUUCUGAGGAGGAUUUGAGGGCAUUGAUGGAUCAGAGGAAAAGGAAGAGAAUGAUUUCAAACAGGGAGUCAGCAAGGAGGUCAAGGAUGAGGAAACAGAAGCAUUUGGAUGAUUUAAUGGCGCAGGCGGCGCAUCUGAGGAAGGAAAAUCAUCAGAUCAUCACAAACGUCAAUAUCACAACUCAGCAUUUCCUCACCAUUGAGUCUGAAAACUCAGUCUUGAGAGCUCAAGUUGAUGAGCUCACCCAUAGAUUGGAGUCUUUGAAUGAGAUCAUCGCCUUCUUGAGUACUACUACUGCAAACAACAACAACAACAACACUACCUCCUACGGAGGAGCUCUGGACACAACCUCCAUAUCUUCAAGCUUCAUCACUGAGUCUCCUAUGAUUGAUAAUUUCAUGAAUCCAUUGAAUUUAUCAUAUCUGAAUCAACCUAUCAUGGCUUCUGCAGACAUGUUUCAGUACUAGUUUAAUUCAUCUCUCCAUAUGAAGAUGAUUAGAGAGAGCAAGAGAGAGGCAAUUAAGUAGUAAUUAAGGAAUAAUAAAGUGUUUUAAAUUAUUGGGUUUGCUAGUUCUUCGUCUGUAAAUGGGAUUUCUGCUAUGGAAUUCAAGUACCUGUUAAAUGUAUCUGGUCUCUAGUUUCUAUAAAAUAAUAUUUUGUAUCAA